AUGAAGUUAUCCGCAACUAUCAUUGCCCUCUUCGCGGCCGGCGCCUUGGCUGCUCCCUCAGGCCACGGUCUUGCUGCCCGUACCGAGGCACGCGCUGCUGGCCGUAGCCGUCUCACUCGUCCUAAGCAACCUGCCACUGGAGCUUUGAACGGUGAUCUCUCCACCGAGGCCACAAAUGCCACUCAUGUCGACUACUCCUCCAACUGGUCCGGAGCUGUCUUGACCUCGCCCCCCGCCGGAGCAACUUUCACCUCUGUGUCUGCCCAGUUCACCGUCCCUACCCCCAAGCCCGUUAACGGCAAGGCUGGAUCUUCUUCCGCCUGGGUCGGUAUUGAUGGUGAUACCUACGGCAACGCCAUUCUUCAGACUGGUAUUGACUUCAGUGUCACUGCCAGCGGUGCCGUUUCCUACGAUGCCUGGUACGAGUGGUACCCCGACUACGCCUAUGAUUUCUCCGGCAUCUCCAUCAAAGGUGGUGACAAGAUCUCCGUCUCUGUUGUUUCUAGCUCUUCAACUUCUGGAACCGCUGUUAUUGAGAACCUCACCAAUGGCCAAAAAGUAAGCAAGAAGCUUACUGCUCCCAACUCCUCUGCCAAGCUCGGUGGUCAGAACGCCGAAUGGAUUGUUGAGGACUUUGAGUCUGGUGGCAGCCUCGUCACUCUCGACAACUUUGGCACUGUUACUUUCACCGGGGCAUCUGCUGGUUUGUCCAAUGGGAAAUCUAAUGGCAAGGUCUUGACCUCUGUGUCUAUUCCUAGCUCUUCUGAGGUUGUUGUCACCUACGUCUAA